AUGUCUCCUAAAAAGCCAGGGCCUUCUAGCAAAGGGAAACGUACAGCGAUCAGGAAGACUGCUCCUCCUGGCUGUGGCGCGCGCAAACGAAAUGGACCUACCGCUGCAGAAAAGCGAGCGGAAAAGGCUGCUGAGAAAGAAGCCGCUCGUGCGAGGGAGGAGCAUCGACUUCGCCGCGAAGCCAAGAUGGUCGAACUGCCGACUCACCCCGAUGAUGAUCUCUUAGUAUUACCUAUGACCCAGAGGACAACCCGAAAGCGCUCCGCCAACGCGGCCUACGACGACUGCGAUAGGAGCAAGCGUCCCAAAAUCCUUAAAAAUGGGAGCAUAAAGAAGGUCUCGCGCCUCUUUCCUUGGGAGAAAGACAAAAAUCUCGAACAACCACCCUCCCUCGACACACUUAGGCUUGAAAACCCGACCUCCGUUGAAGCCAUGGGCACCCUUAAUCGCCUCCCUACCGAGGUUCGUGACGAUAUCUUACGGUACAUCCUGGUUUCUCCUCGUGAUAUUGCAGUGUUCAGGGGUUGGACCCGAGUCUACGGACGUAGGGGACCUAAACUAGACCUCGCAAUCCUCUAUACGUGCCGUGCCUUAUGGCUGGAAGGACUUCGUAUCCUAUUUGGUGAGAACACGUUCCUCUACGACAUUCGCGACCCUCCUGAGCAUUUGGAGAUGACCGAAAGAAUCAUGAGCCGCGUGUUUCUCAAGGACAAGAUACCUAUUGAUAAAUACGGACACCUGAUGCGUCAUAUCAAGAUUAAUGUCCCAGUGAACCGCCUGAACAGCACAGUAGUUAGCAAUUUCUGCAGUGCUAUCCGCAAGUUUGUUCCUGGCCAUGGUCUAGCCGAACCAGCACAUCUUCACACGUUGACACUCAAAAUACCGGCGGUACAGGUGAAGAAUAUGGGCUUCAAUAAUGGGAUUGAGGAUCGUAACGAGGUGCCUGCCGCUAGGUUAUUCAACCACUUCACCACUACUAGAGAGUCACUUAUGCUCCUUAACGUCCAAUACCUCCGUAUCCUAGCCACAGAUAGCGAUGCGAACUUGUACGAGAACAUAAUUGAUCUCCGGUAUCACUACAAGCAGAAACAGGCGCAGGAUGAUAAGAACGGAGUCGUAGUCAAGGAUGCGGUGGGUGCCGAGGCCUAUUUUAAGAAACAAGUCAAGAGUGCGAAGUCGCAAGUGUACAUGCUCGAAACGGCGAUCGAAACGCUGGCAAGACUCUGUCCAAAGGGAAGGGAUAGCAUGAGUUCUGAGCACUGGAAGUUCCUAGGACAGGAGAAAAGGGGGCGACGCAUGGAUAGCAUGGAUAUGCAAAUACUGCCAGACGACUGGACUGAAGCCACCGAGCCCGCCUCGUCUCGAGGAUGGAGAGGUCUAAGUGCUAGGGCUGAAUAUACACAAGAGUGGUUGGCUAGAAUGAUCGCCGAAGACGACGAGUCGGAAACUUCUGAUGAUUCGGAUCAAGGGAUUGCCUCGUCUGAGUAGGGAAGAUGAGACGGAUUAGGGGAUUUCUGA